AUUGUAGUUGUCGUGGUUGAGGUUUUUACCACUCGUCGGUCACCGAUAGCCAACCAUCCAAGAAGUAAUCCACUCUUAUUCAUUUCCUCCUUGUUUUUUUAGCUGAUUUCUUUUAAGCGUGUGGAGGAACAUCGGGCCACUGACAGGUGUUGAGCCGGUGGAGGUGACAGACAGGCCGGUGGAGGAGCUGAGCAGCUGCCGGAGGGCUGGAGAUGCUGCUGUUUUUGAAAUUGAAAAAAACAUGAGCCCCCAUCUCCAUGCAGAGAUGUGGACAGUGUUGAUUCUUCUUCUGAACGUGGGAGGUCUGAGAUGUAUAGUCUCCUCCUCUCCUCUCAGCCCAACCAACGUGAUCUUCUCUUCAGUCGAUCUGAGGAAUGUGCUGCAAUGGUUCCCAGGAAGUGGCACACCGGAUGACACACACUUUACAGUGCAGUAUGCCAUCUACGGGGACAGUGUUGCGGGCAGCAAAGGGAAACGGAUGAACUGGAGGACGGUGCGGCACUGUACAGAAAUGGCGCGGAGCUGGUGUGAUCUGAGCGAUGAGACGUGGGAUCUGGAGCAGGGAUACUAUGCCAGGGUUCGUGCUGUGAGCCAGAGAGAGUUCUCCAAAUGGGCCUUGACACGGAGGAGAUUCGAUCCGAAGACGGACACUAGUUUUGGCCCUCCACUGGUUUCCGUGGAAAUAGAGGAUAACAAAGCCAUAAUCAACCUGAAGGGGCCAAUGAAAUAUCAGCCUAACGACCACACCCCAGCGGAAGUUUCCAUGGCAACAAUAUAUCGCCAGAUGACUUACAACCUCUCCAUCUACAAUACCCAUCGCGAACAGACGCACCAUGUCCCAGUGGCCUCCAGUUUGUACAAAUAUCGCCUGAUGGAUUACGAUACAAAGUACUGCUUCUCUGCAAAGUCAAGAUUGCUCUCCAUGCCCGCCCAAUGCCAGUCGUCAUCAUGGCAAUGCAUAACCACGCCUCAAGACCCUUUGAUUGGCCAGCUGCAGAAGGUGGUUGUGGGUAUUGUUGUUCCAACUGUGUGCAUGUGUUUGAUGGUGGUGGUUGGCUAUUUUCUCUAUCGCUACCUGACGGGGAAAGGACGGAAGAGCCCAUAUAUACUGGAUCCUCCUGCUUUUCAUCAACCUGUUCUGACGUUCCCCCCUGAGAAUCCCAACCUCCUCGUCAUCACCAUCAUCAAAGAGAUACAACCAGGGAGCGGCAAAUAUGACCCCGCAUUCCCCAAGCGGCCGAAACACGUUCCUCUAGGAUACGCCUGCCAGAGGCCCGAAACACCGCCAGAGCCCAGGGAACACUGGGACGAUUUGUCUGUCGACUACGGGUUUGUUGGCGCGGCUCCUAGAAUCACUUUCGGAGGAGAAGAUUGGAGUGAUACGAAAGGUGAACACCAGAAAUGUGCAGCAAGAGACAGUUACGAGAGGAAAGAGUGGAGAGUCAAGGAUGCCCGCACCGCUGGACACACACAGACAGAGAUGAGCACACUUAUACAAGCGCGUGCAUGGUCACCGCCGGCAUUACUGACCCAAAUUCAGGCACCGUUACUGUCUUUUCAGGGAGCUUUGGGAGAGGUGGAUGGAGAGGGGGAGGAGGAGGAGGAUAGAGAGUUUCCAGGUAUAUUUAUAAGCACAACACCACAAACUGGCCUCUUCCGUAUUCCUUUAAAUCCGGGGGAAGAGAUGGAUGGAAAGGUGACAGUAAGAACAGAUGAAGAGAUAGAUGGAGGAGUGGAGGAAAGAAGUGAAAAUGAGGAAGUACCCCUUCUUUCUACUUAUGCCACUCAGAACACCACAUACAAGCCUACCUCCCACUCUGGCCAAUCAGAUUUGUUACCAGACGACUAUGGGGUUCUGAGAGUGGCUACAGCACAUGCAAUAGAGGAAGAUGAGGAGGAAGAGAAAGAGGAGGGAGCUAUUUGUAUUGAUUGGGAUCCCCAGACCAGGAAACUAGUGUUGCCAGGGAUGGCGUUGGAGUUCAACAGGGAGGGAGGGUUGGAUGGAGAGAAAGGGAUGAUGGGAGGAGAGAAGGAGGAGGAGAAGGAGGAGGAGGUGAAUUCGCUAGAGGGCGAGCUGAGGUUGGAAAAUGUGUUUGUAAGACAAGGGUCCGAGGAAGAGAGAGAGAUGGAGAGAGGUGGGGGAACAGGGUGGGACACGGACGACUUUUUAACCAGAUGGAAUUUGGUAAUCUCGAUGGACGAGUAGAUGAUAUUCAUCAAUAUAUUUAGCCCAUUAUUACAACAAAAAGCUCUUAUAAUGUACACUUAAAUUCAAUAGCAUGACCAAUCAGUUUGAUUUAGAAUACACUAGGGAUAUACCGAUCCAACUUUUUCAGUCACGAUACCGAUUAGUACUGCAGUCGGGUUACUUUUAUACCUGUGAAUGUUGCUGUUUUAUUAUUAUUAUUAUUAUUAUUAUUAUUAUUAUUAUCAUCAUAAUUUAUGGUUUAUCUGAUCACACUAAUGUGAAUACUUACUAAUCACACUGUGUUAAACUCUGAAGGGACUUAUCUGUGUUCACUUUAGUUUUAAUCAAAGUCGAAGUACCUCUUAGAGAUAACCGUCAUCCUGUAGCAAAGUAUUCUUCCUGAUUAAACGCUGCGUGAUGUCAGCCAUGUACACCAUUUACACCAUGUACACCACCGCGUUAGAUCUCAACCCAACAAAGUACUAAUGGACUGAUCUGGACCGGUGUCCGACACCAAAUUAUAGAUUUUUUUGUAGACAGAUUGCAAUAUCUUUGUGGGUUCUGGUGAUUUAACGGUAGUACAAAAACCCGACAGAGAAACUUUACUUUGGCGUUUACUAUUGCAGUAUAUUCUACUUUAUGUCACCACAGUUUACGACUGUACAUAUCCGUGUUUACCUGGUCUUACUGUCUAGCAGUAGUAGUUGUGGGUAGUUUCAGGUCUGUUCCUGUUUUAGUCCCAGGAUCAUAUUUAAUUUAUCCUUUUUUCAGUAAUUGAUUGCAGCAUCACUUUUAACACAAACCCACCAUUGCUGAAUAUGUUAUAUGAAGGAAAUACUGAUGUUCAGAGGAACAAGACAGUAUCUAUCUUUGUGAUUAAUGUGUUCAUAUAUGAAGUCAAAGCUAUAGCACUUUACUGUUUAAUCUUUUUUUAAGCUGCCUAACCUGCAGUAUGUGUCAAUAUUAUCUGUGGCUUUGUACUAAAAAAAGUUAUUUUGUAAUCAUUUUAUUUCUUUUCUUCAAAUAAAUUACUGUUUACAGUGCGAUACUCCAGCAUUAUCA